GGAAUAAUAGGUAUCACAUCAGGACGAACCCACGCACCUGGACAUCACCUUCUUUUUUCUUUUUCAGCCACGCAGAGUGAUCUGUAACAAUCGUGGGAACUGCUGGAGAAAAUCCGGCUUACUCCCCCUUGCAUUCGAAUUAGCGAUUUGGGGUGUUGCGAGGCACAAAGCUGUAGAACACGGGGGCAGCAACGUGUGCUUUGUGGUGGGUAGAUCUUGAUGUAAGGGAGAGCUUAGUGUUCUCUCGACUUGAGGAACUUUGUCCGCUGGCAUGAUGCUUCCUUGCGUCUUUAUCUCAUGUUACCUACCUCUUUGGAAAAAAGCUUGGUCGUGGCGUAAUCGUCAUAAUGAUUGCAAAUCCGCAUCGUUCUCUCGUUGUUGCCGAAGUGUAUGUGGAAUGUUCAAGGAAGCGUGUGCCCGUGUGUUUGAUCCAGAGCACACAACCCGCACUGAGUCCCAGCAACCCGGAUCCCAACUCCCCCCAGUCAGAUUCUUAAAAGCGGCCCUCAUCUCAGCCGCAGAGGCUAAGGGGAAUAGAUUGCGAGAGGGCAAAGAAGAGGAAAAAAUGACAAAAAACGCAGCUAAAACUGCUGCGCACCAAGUGGAAAAUGGUACGAGUACCUACACACUCUGCAAACCCCUGCUGCUUGCGGGCGCACGGGGGAUUUUUCCUGCUGAAGAGGCACCCUCGAGCGGCUGAACCUGAGAAAUGGAAAACACCACCUAAUGGUGCUCCCAUUCGCUGCAUCUGGCUGGGGGAGGGGGUAGGGAUUGGAAACUUGGGACGAAAGGAUUCGAAUGCAUGUACGGAGUACCUGUUGGGUUG